AUGAGCAGAAACUCGCCCCCCGCAGCUGACGGAAAUGGCAGCAAGAGGUUCAAAGGAGACAGCUGGGGCACCCGGGACCCCUCCAGACUGGUCCACAUCCUCGGGCUGCCAAGCAGUGUCACCGAAGGAGAGAUUCUCUGUCUCGCUCUGCCUUUUGGGGAGGUCUCCAACCUACUGUUUCUGAGGGCGAAGAACCAGGCCUACGUGGAGAUGAGCACAGAGGAGUCCGCCAACACCAUGAUCAACUACUACACCUGGAUGUCUCCUGAGCUGCGUGGGCAGCCCGUUCACAUUCAGUUCGCCCACUACAGGGAGCUCAAGGUAAGCAGCUCCCCCAGCCAGGAGAUUUCCCUGAGUCAGGCGGGGGACUCUAGGGAAGCCACUGCCUCCAGUCUGGUGGCUGUCCCUGGCCAGGCUGCUGUCCCCAGCCAGUUGGGUGCUCAGCCAUGCCUGCCACCUGAGGAUUGCUACCAGGCAGGGACUGUGGCCUUGGCCACCCCUGACUCUGCUGUGGACACGGAGUUAGUGGUGGCCUGGCAGAGCCCUGUGCUCAGGAUACUUGUGGAGAACUACUUUUACCGAGUGACCUUGGAAGUGCUGCACCAAAUCUUCUCCAGGUUUGGCACAGUUUUAAAAAUCAUCACCUGUACCAAGAACAACCGGUUCCAGGCGCUGCUACAGUAUGCCCACGUGAUGAGUGCCGAGCGUGCCAAGCUGUUCUUGGAUGGGCAGAACAUCUACGACGCCUGCUGUACACUGCGCAUUUCCUUCUCCGGGCUCACCAACCUCAUGGUCAAGUACAACAACGACAGGAGCCGCGACUACAUGCGCCCAGACCUGCCCUCAGAUGACAGUCAGGCCUCUCCGGUCCAGGACAUGGCCUCACCUCUCCCUGCACCUGCCAUGACCUCAGCCUCUCCCUAUGCAAGCACUGGGUUACCCAACACCUUUGCAAUUCCUCAAGCUGCAGGCUUGGCCAACCCAGACGUUUUUAAGACCCUGCACCCCCAAGCCAUACAGGAAGUGGCAAUGGCAUCAUCAUCAUCAUCAUCAUCAUCAUCAUCAACAGCAGCAGCGGCAGCAGCAGGGGCAGUAGGAGGAGCAGAAAUAGCAGCAGCAGUACCUGGAGCAGAGGGCUCAAUGGUCACCUCAGGCUCCCCGGGUGUGGGGAGCCCUGUCCUCCUGGUUGCCAACCUCAACCAGGAGAAAGUCACACCCCGAAGCCUCUUCAUUCUCUUUGGUGCCUAUGGCGAUGUGCACCGAGUGAAGAUCUUGUUCAACAGGAAGGAGAACGCGCUAGUGCAGAUGGCAGAUGUGAGUCAGGCUGAGCUGGCCUUGAAGCACCUGAAUGGGCACAAGCUGUAUGGGAAGGCUCUCUGCAUCCUGCUGUCCAAGCACCAGAGUGUGAAGCUGCCCCGGGAGGGCAAGGAGGACCAGGGCCUCACCAAGGACUAUGCCAACUCCCCGCUGCACCGCUUUAAGAAGCCCGGAUCCAAGAACUUCCAGAACAUCUUUCCGCCCUCAGCCACCCUGCACCUCUCCAACCUACCCAACUUGGUGUCUGAGGAAGAGCUCAAGAACCUCUUCUCCAGCAACGGGUGUGCUGUCAAGGCCUUUAGGUUCUUCCCCAAGAACCACAAGAUGGCACUGAUCCGGAUGGGCUCCACAGAGGAGGCCAUCCAGGCUCUUGUAGACCUGCAUGGUCACCUCCUAGGCCAGAACCACCACAUGCGAGUCUCCUUCUCCAGGAUGACUAUCUAG